CGGGGGUACGUAAUCGGUAUAACCCAGGCCUUGUAAUACAACCAAGCGAACCAAAUAAUUGAAAAGAAAAUGGCCUCGUCGGACGAUGAGGACUUGGAGAGUCUACGACUUGCGGCCCUUGCAACAUUGAAGCCAAAAGCUCCCCAGGCCCCACAAGGCAUUCAGGUCCUUUCCACUGUUGGCCAGAUCAACAUAUCUGAGGCUCAAAUUUCCAGAAAUUAUGUUGAUGAUAAUCCAGAGUUUGCCCAUAUGCCGGUUGCCUGGAAACAAGCUGCAGACCAGCACAAUGUACUUUAUGAGCCAAGUUUUCAAGGCAACCAAGGUCAGUUUGUACAGAGUCAGCCAAGUUUUCAAGCAAACCCAGGUCAGUUUGUACACAGUCAGCCAUACUUCCUGAGAGGGAGAGGGGGCUACCAGCGAGGGUUUCAUGGCCCAGCAGGCUUCCAGAGGGGCUAUGGUGGACCAAGACUGGGCUGGAAUCCCAGGGGCAGAGGAAGGGGAAACUUGGGCACUGGUUUUGCUUCGCCCCCUGCACAACCGAAAUCUAAUGCUCUUAUUGUUAUUCAGGUUAAGGGAGACGAUAGCAGGGAGGAGCAGCCACAAUCUAUUGCAGCCCAGGACCGCAGGAAGUCAGAGGUUCGCCCCAUGCUGCUCAGGCCUCAGGACAAGUGGGCUGGCACAGAAGCCAGGACACAGGCUGCCCAACUCACAGAAAAGAUUAAAGUUUCCUCCAAAUUCAGACGUUAUGAUGAUGACUCGGAUAGUGAAGAAGAUGAUGAAGAAUUUCAGAGGAAUCGAAUCCAAACAGAAGACAACAAUGAGGCACAAUGGCUAGAGUCAGUACCUGGUGAUGUUGAGGUUCAGGUACACAGAAGAGAUGAUAAUGAUUACCUGGGGAAUGUGCCAGGACAUUUGGGAAGUGUAGAACUGGAUGAGGUUGUGGAAGUUCACUCAACAGCUGACAGAAAGAGCAAUGAAGAAGAUGGUGUUGCUGAUGUCAGUUUGGCAGACAUUUCCGAUGUCCUUUUGGGUGAGGAAAAUAUGGAAGAAGGGCAUACUGCAGAUGAAAGCUUGACCCCAUAUGUUGCAGAGGAAGAGGUGAUAGAAAAGACUGUGGUAGAGAAUGUUGAACAUGAGAAUGUUAUGCAAUCUGUAAAGCAACACACAUGUGACUCAGUUAUGACAGAUGACAACUGUGAAGAGUUUGACUCCUCAAAAAACGACAGUAGUGCAUUGGCUGAGUCUCUCCGGCAAGAUGAUAAUGCUUCAAAUUCUUACAGUACAUUCAGCAGAUUUAACCGACGCAAAGCACGAAAUUCUAAUUCUGCUGAAGAGUCUAAUGAGUCAGACUCAGAUUUAGAAAGUGGAACAUCGAGUAGAAGCAGUUUGCCAAGUCGCAAAAGCAGUGCUAGUAGCAGUGACAGCAAUUUUCAGGAUGGUGAAAAGUCUGACUUAGACGAUAUCGAUACAAAUAAACCAAGUUUAAAAGAGACCAAAGUUUUUGUGUUACCACAACCGGAAAACCAUCUCUGGAAAAAAAGUGCUUUACAAUCACCCUCUUCCGAAUCUUCCUCCAAAUCAGACAGUGAUUCUUCAUCCUCAUCAGACUCACAAGUGCUCCAAACACGUGCCAAAAGUGUACAGGAUAAACACAGCAGGUUAUCCCCAGAUACUGAAGUAAAAAUUAAGACUAAAUUUCCAAAUUCUGGUUCUGUGAUAGGGACAACUUUCAAACAAGACCUUCACCAUUCUAGCUCGCCUCAGGACAAUAGUCAUUAUGCUGAUAAAUAUAAAGGUCGAUCGUCUGAUCUCAUUCACAAAACUGAUGACAGGCUUGAAAGAUCAUCAUUUAAACAACAUUCACCUGAAAAUUCAAUUAUCAAACAGCAUAAUAAGACUAAGAAAGACAUGAAAGGAAAAGUUGAGAGUAAGGGAUACAACUCAUUUAGUCUCAGGAAUAAAUCUCGACAGCAGAUGACUGAUACAUAUUACAUUGAAGCUGAGCCAGAAUUUGAUGCAGCAAAUUAUAGAGAUGAUAAGUUGCAUAGAAGAUCAGAACAUCAGAAAAGAGAUUCAAAAGUUUCAUGUGAAAGAAAGGAACAGUCAAAAAAGCCUUUGAAAAAUCAGGGUGAAGGGGAAUUAAUCAAAGGUAGGCUUAUUGAUAGCAUGAGGCAUUUUAAAGAUAUUGGUAUCCACAAGAAUGGAAAUGAGAAAAAUAAGAUUCUCAGAACUGAGAAAGAUUUGACCAGUAAGUAUAAAGGUUCUAAAAAUAAUAGCAGAACAAGCGAACAAGAGAAAAGUGCUAAUGUAAAAGAUCUUGACACUAUUCCUAAGGAUGUUGAAAUAAUAAAAGAAUCAAAAACUUACCCUAAGCAGUAUGAAAAAGAUGCCAAAAGGAACAGAGAUGAAAAAAUAUUAAAAAGUAUGGAAAAGUCAAAAGAAAAAGCAAAGCAAAGGCAGCGUUCCACAGAAAUAUCUGAUAGAAAAACAAAAAAAGAUAAGUCCAACAAGUCAUUAAAGCGCAGAAGUAUUGAAGAAAAACUGCAACGAAUAGCAAAUGUAAGUUUUUCAUCAGAGUCCAGUGAUAAUGAUACUGCAGGAAACAUAUCCAGUUUAAAUGAUUCAAGUAGUGAGUCGGAGUCUGAAACAUGGAGAAAUAAGAAGCAUGGGGGCUCUCGUGAUACCAAUGAUAUUGAACUGGAGAAACGAAGAAGGAAAACACAGAAUAGAGAGAUAAGGCAUCCAAAAAGCAGCCAUGAAAAGUCUGGGAAAAGUCAGAAAAGAGAUGAUAAUAAACAGAAGUUUACAAAACAUGAAAAUAAAUUUCAAGAAAGAGAUGCUGAUGAUAGAAAACAAAUAAACUAUCAGAAAAAACUCGACAGAGUAAGUGGAUUUAGAGAUGAAAGGAAUAGUGAAUUAAAAUCGGAAAACAUGAAAGACUUGUCAUCACACAAAGGCAAAAGAUUUGAAGAGACUCAUUCAGAAUCUGAAAGUGAAACACGGAAAAAAGGAAUUGUAAGUGUGGUAAAGCACAAUAGGCCAAUGUCAAGCAGUCUUGCUGUUGUAGAUUUUAAAGUAUCUCAUUCGAAACAUGAUGAUGUAAGGAAUAGGCACUUGCACACAGAAAGGAUAAUUGUGCAUGUUGAAAGGUCAGACAGUGAAGACAAUUCUGGUACUAAACCUCAUCAGAUGCAUAAGAAGAAGCAUAAGAGUAGAGACAAAAUGCAGACACUGUCUGAUACUUUAGACCACAAUAAUGCGGAUCUUGAGAAGGGUAGAGGAGAUAUGAAAAAGGUUAUUGGUGUAAAGCUGUCCACAAGAGAUUCCUCCUCGAAGAAGGCAAGUGUUCACUCAAGGCUUGGUGUGCCAGUGAGGAGAGAAGAGUCCAGGUCUCUCUUUCCCCAGUCUAAACGCUCCAGUGACUUCACUGUGCCUGCAAGGGAAAAGAGGAGGAAACUAGCCGUAGAUGAUCUCAGCAGUACGAACAACAAGAGUCGUUCAGUAGAUGCAAAAGGGGAUGCAGAUGUAGAGCUGGAACGACACAUCAAGAAGAUGCAGGAGAAGAAUGCACAGAUUCUCCGACGCAAGCAGGAGGUGGAGCAGGACAAACAGAGAUAUGGAUGACAUCACAGCCCCAAUUAUGUGUAGUGGGAACAACGGCAUUUUUAUUAUAUGUGUAUGCACAAACUUAAAAGUGGUUAAGAUGUAGACUUAUUGUUGUAAAAUGUUAUUGAAAGUGGAAUUAUUUUAUAAGUUCUUAUGUUAAAAGAUGUUUUAUUUGCAUCAAAUAAGAAGCAUGGUCUUAAAUAGUAGUUUUUUAUGUACCCGGCAUAUACUGAUACCAAGAGGUAUUC